AUGAGGUUUUAUUCUACUUUUCAUGAUUCUUACGUUUUACGCCAUAUUCGUAAACCAUAUACUUUAAGAAACAGUAUUACAGGAUCGGUUUUAUUUGGUUUUGCAGUAGGCGUAUAUUUCUAUUCUAUCUAUGCAGUUAAGCAGGAUGAUUUGAGUGAUGUUGUGUUGGAAGAGAAGUGA